AUGAAAAUACAGCUGGAAAGUGUCGAAAUGUUUGAGGACAUUUUCAAGGAGAUGCUUGGCACGGAGGAAAACGCGAAGCACAGCCAGGCCGAGCUGGACGUGCUCAUGCACAUAAAAAACCUGUUCUUGAAGAACGUGGAGAUAGGGGGCGAGGAGCUGGACAUUGGACAAGUCACGCAGGAGAAGCUGGAGCGAAAAAAAGAGCAUGCAAGCCUUGUGGCGCAGGUUGAAGAGGCCGAGAAGAGCAAGACUAGCACGCUAAAAACGCUGUGCACGCUGCGGAAAGAGCUGCCUCUGCGGCUGAAGGACGAGCUGACCGAGCACUUUGAGGGCAUUGUCAAGCAGAUAAAGCAAGCGCGCGCAGUUGUGGAGGCCCCUGAGGCUGAAACAUGCGACGCGCUUGACGAAGAAAUUGCUCGGAUACAGAGAACGGUCAGCGAGCUCACAGGCAAGCUGCCCGCGGUCAUUUCGCAAGUAAAGGAGAACAUGUCGUAUGUGGAGAAGGAAGUAAAGGACAGAAUAGAGCAGAAAGGCAGGGAAAUAGAGGCCGAGUCUCUUUCUCUUCUUUUCAAGGAUGAGCUAGAGCUUCCAGAGUAG